CAAGAAUUAUUACUAUAUUACGGUCAAAGAUAUUAAAAUAUGAAGAGUGGGAGUCAUAUGUUUGUAGGUGACGCAACGAAAAAGGUCGAAGGAGCGAGAGGAUUGAAUUGAAUGUGUAUGUGAAUUUGCGUGUCGCAGUUCGACAAAAAAACAUAUUGAAACCGAUUCAAUUUUAUUCAAUUCAAAUCGCAUUUUCUUUUCAAUUUCAAUUUCAAUUUCAGUUUAUAUAUCGAAUUACUCCGUCUGUGUGAGAAAUUAAAUUAAACUAAAUUAAAAAAAAUGAAAACGUCACUCAAGAAAUUGAGAGAAUUUGCUCUUCGCCAUGGCGAACACAACAGCAAUGACGGGAGAGAAUUUUCUCAUCCUUCUACUCCCGUUGAUGAGCUUGCUCAAGCUUCUCUGGAUAUGGAGAACAUGGGAGAUUGCUAUGAUAGCUUCCUUUCUGGAGCUGCAGCAACUGCUAAUGGUGCAUUUGAAUUCUCAGAAGCAUUACAUGAAAUGGGUGCUUCUCUUCUCAAGAGAACAUCAUUGAAUGAUGAUGAAGAAUGCGAUAAAGUACUACUGAUGUUGGGAAAAGUGCACUUUGAACUCCAGAAACAUCUUGAUAAAUAUCGUUCUCACAUAUUCAAGACAAUUACAGUUCCGUCGGAGUCUCUUCUCAAUGAACUUCGAAAUGUUGAGGAGAUGAAGCGACAAUGUGAUGAGAAAAGAAAUGUCUACGAGUACAUGAAAAUGAGGCAACAAGAAAGAGGAAGGGGAAGAAGUGGGAAGGCGGAGACCUUUUCUAUGCAACAGUUACGAGAAGCUUAUGAUGAAUAUGAUGAAGAGUCAACCUUAUUUGUUUUUCGUCUGAAAUCACUAAAGCAAGGGCAGUCACGAAGUCUAUUUACACAAGCAGCACGGCACUAUGCUGCCCAGGUGCGCUUCUUCAAGAAAGGUCUUAAAUCUCUUGAAGCACUUGAGCCAUAUGUGAAAUCGGUUGCCGAACAGCAACAUAUAGAUUACCUCUUUGAUGGACUUGAAGACGAUGAUGGAGAUGAUGAUGACAAUGACGAUAAUGAAGAAGAUGAUGAUACUUAUGAUGAGCAUGAUGAUGGUGAAUUGAGUUUUGAGUAUGGCCAAAAUGACCUUGAGCAAGAUGUUUCUACGUCAAGAAAUCCAAUGGAGUUGGAUAUGGUGGAUGUUACAUAUCCCCAAGUUGCGACUUCAGAUGCUUUAAAGGAAAAUCGAGAUAGAAACUACAGGAAAUCCUUUUCUUUUAGAGGAGAUGUUAGGAUAGGCAGCCAAUCUGCCCCAAUCUUUGCAGAUAUUAAAUCUAAUCCAUCUGAGGCAAUCAAACAGCUGCGGCCAUCAUUUUCAAAAAGGUUUAAUGCGUAUGUACUCCCCACUCCGGUUGAUACAAAGAUUUUAAAUUCUACAGGAUCAAGUAAACUAGUUCCUCAAGCAUUAAAGACAAAUUUGAAUGGACAAACACAAAAUUUGUGGCAUUCAUCUCCUCUGGAACCAAAGCAACGUGAAAAACUAGUAGGAGAUGAGAAAUUUUCUAGAUUUAUGGUCCAGGAUGCUGAGUCAGUGCUCAGGGAAAGUAACAAAUAUUCUUCCUCCACUCAGUUACCCCCUCCUCAAACAGAAGGACAUUUCAUUUCGAGGAUUGACCCACCGGCUGCUUCUGAUUUUAAGAAGGUUAAAAGAUACGCCUUCUCAGGUCCCAUUACAAGUAAGGCGUGGUCAACUAAACCAAUUUUAGCAGAACCUGCUGGGUCAAUUUCUGGACCUCUUUCAGAAAAACCAACUGUGCAAUUACCAUCAUCAUCUCCGAAGGUAUCACCUAAAGUAUCUCCUGUAGUAUCUCCUAAGCUAUCUCCAACUGCUUCCCCUACUUUUGUGUCAUCGCCUAGAAUAAGUGAGCUUCAUGAGCUACCUAGACCUCCAUCCAGUGCAACCUCCAAGUCUUCAAAGUAUACAAGUUUUGUUGGUCAUUCAGCUCCAUUGGUGUCUAGAGGACAUAUGCGUCCUACUAUGGGUAGAUCUUCGGUAUGGAAUGGAGCAUCUCCGUUGCCAGUACCUUCCCAGGCUGUCACUCGCAGUUUCUCCAUACCCUCGAGCAGAGCAAUGAAUUUGUCAAAGCCAUUAGAAAGUGUGCGGAGUUUAGAGAUGAUUGAAGAUAUAAACUCUCCUCCUUUGACACCAAUAUUAUUAUCCAAUGCUCAACCAUCCACAACGGGGUCUCCAAAUGUCAAUCAAACCAUUCAUAUUAGAGGUGCAGAUUGAUCCCGUUCUUGCCAAAUUUUUGUUUCUAGUUUUAGCAAGGAAAUUUUGAAUUAGUAGUAGGUGUAGAUGUGCAAAUAUAAUCUUUAGAUCUUUUUUUUAGUCCAUUAUUGUCUCUAAUCCAUUUGUUAAUCUCUACGAUGAGCACUUGGCAUGAAAGUUGAUUGCCUUGAUGUUUCAUCUGAUAAGAAAUUUUGGCAUUUUCCUUCAGAAUUUAAUUACAUAAAUCUUAUCUC